UUGUAUAUAAGAACAGGUCUGUGUCUUACUCAGUACUUCACAGAGGACGAGUCACACUGCAGCGAAAGAAGAGAAGACAUUUCUCCUGUUUUCAUCAUCUUCAACAUCUGCGUCAUCUCCACCACCAGGAUGCUGACUGCGACUCUACUUGUUUGUGCCUUUGCAGCUCUGACUGGAGCUGAUGACCUCAACAACUCUUCUGCCAUCAACAACACAGUUUUCAAUGUGGCGUUGAGUUGUCCCGUUGACUGGAAACUCUUUGGUGAUCACUGUUUCCACUUAGUUUCAAGACAAAUGACUUGGGUCGACGCUCAGAAAAACUGUGAGACCCUGGAUGCAAAUCUUGCAUCAAUACAGAGUAUUGAGGAGCAAAUGUUCGUGAAGUCCUUUAUACAACUUCACGCUGGAGAGAAUGAAGAAGUAUGGAUCGGGGGCUCCGAUUGUCAACAGGAAUUUGUUUUCUUCUGGAUUGAUGGUGCAUCUUUCAAAUUCACAAACUGGUGUCCAAAAGAACCUGAUAAUAGUGGCAAAAAUCAACACUGCAUACAGUUCAACUAUGGAGCUGAAGGAUGCUGGGACGAUGUAGGAUGUUCUUCUUCACGUCCAUCGGUCUGUAGGAAAGCAUCCCACUGAUUCCAUUGAUUCCUGAUGUGGGACAGAGACAUGCAUCAAACACACACAUUUGGUGGAGGAGUGGUUGUGUGAAUGUUGUGCACUCGUGUGUGAUUGUAUCGACAGUCUCAUUUAUUCAAAAUUAAAAGAUUCAAGCAUGUUA